AUGUCCGACUCUGAAAUGUCCGAUGAGAAUGAAUCUGAUGAAGGAGCGGAAGAAAAGCAGGAAUUCUCAAUUCGACACACUUUCGAGAAACCAUUGGAAAUGAAAAUGGAUGACGUUAUAUCCGCAAAUGUCGAGAAUCAUUUGGGUAUUCCAUGGAAGCUCGUUUUGGAUAAAACUGGAGAGGACGAGCUGACAAUACAGUUGGAUUGUCUCAAGCCAGAUUGUGCAACCGGGUGGAUCAUCAACACAUGUGUAAUAGUAAGCCUUAUCAAUGCGACAGAGAAAAAGGAACAGGAACAGGAUACAUUAGACUUUCAAUUUACUCAUCUCGACCACUUUCUUCCCUUGUAUGAAUUUAAAAAAGAUAUAGUAAAGGAAAACUUGACUGAUGGAAACAUCGUAGUGGAAGUCACCGUCACUAUCAAUGAACAAGAAACGUUCAAACGCUUGCUAAGAAGUUUCACAAGUGCAGAAGCAGUGGAAACAUCGGAUGUUACUCUUGUGGCGAAAGGAGUGCAGUUUCAUGUCGUGAAGAUGUAUCUUGCCACUCAUUGCGAGUAUUUCAAAUCAAUGUUUUCGGGAAAAUUCAGCGAAAAGAAGAAACAAGAGAUCGAACUUAAGGAUGUUGAUCCAUAUCACCUGCAAUGUUUCCUUGAGUUGAUUUAUGGAGAACUCCCAAUUAGUGAUCACAACAUCUCAGGACUAUUUGCUUUAGUGGACAUGUUCAUUGCUGAAUCAGCACGCCGCCGAUGUAUCAAGUAUCUCGAGGAAGAAACACAACUUCCGCUGAGAAAGAGACUUGAACUGUCGUUUAAGUAUCAAAUGGAAGACUUAAAACGAAUGUUCCUCGAGGAUAUCAAAACCGCAAAUCUACUCGAAAAAUGUCUGCCAGAUGAUCCGGGAGAAAUGCCUCACGAUCUUCUUACUGCUCUCAUGGUGAAGUCAAUGGAACUACACCGAACUAGAACAGCUCCGAUCUUCAAACCAAAACGUGCCCCGAAAAGAAAGAUGGAUGAUUAA